GGGAAUGUUCUGGGAAUGCCCCGGGGAUGCUGUGAGCAUUCCAGGCAGGAAUUCCCCAGCUGCUCCCCUGUUUGCAGGUUCCUGUACGAGCCCCACAGCAGAGGGCACCGCUACUACCGCCAGAAGCUGGAGGAGUUCCGCCGGGCCCGGGCUGCCCCCGGGGGCUCCCCUUUUCCCGGGAAUUCUCCUUUUCCCUCCGGAGAAUCCGGCCUCAAACGGAAAAGCAGCCCCGAGGCUUCUCCCUCCCCUCUGUGCUUCCCCCCUCUCCCGGUUCCCUCCCCUCUCCCUCUCCCCAUUCCCGUCCUGCCUCCUCUGCCUCUCCCCGUUCCCUCUCCCGUUGUUCCGCCGCCUCUUCCCGUUCCUUCGGCCUCUCCUGCCCCCUCCUCAUCCUCCACCUCCCCUCCGGAUCAGCUGGCCCCAAGCCCGGCCCCAAUCCCCAAUCCAGCCGUGACCCCAAAUCCAGCUGCAAUCCCAAAUCUUGCCACGACCCCGAAUCCGUCCGUGACCCCAAAUCCCGCUCCGGGCAGCACCAAAAAGAAGAGGAAGAGCCGGUGGGGGCCGGAGGAGGAAAAGGUGGAAUUGCCUCUCCCCCAGCUGGUGCAGCAGCUGGAUUCUCCCUCUCCCCUCUCAGUUCAGGACCUGAAGGGUCUGGGGUACGAGAAGGGCAAACCCGUGGGACUGGUGGGAGUCACGGAGCUCUCGGAGGCCCAGAAGAAGCAGCUGAAGGAGCAGCAGGAGAUGCAGCAGAUGUACGACAUGAUCAUGAAGCACAAGCGAGCCAUGCAGGAGAUGCAGCUGCUGUGGGAGCGGGCGCUGCAGCAGCACCAGCACGGCUACGACAGCGACGAGGAGGUGGACAGCGAGCUGGGCACCUGGGAGCACCGCCUGCGCCGCAUGGAGAUGGACAAGACACGGGAGUGGGCAGAGCAGCUGACCCAGAUGGGCCGAGGGAAACAUUUCAUCGGGGAUUUCCUCCCGCCCGACGAGCUGGAAAAGUUCAUGGAGACCUUCAAGGCCCUCAAGGAGGGCCGGGAGCCGGAUUAUUCCGAGUACAAGGAAUUCAAGCUGACGGUGGAAAACAUCGGAUACCAAAUGCUGAUGAAAAUGGGAUGGAAGGAAGGAGAGGGAUUGGGAUCCGAUGGGCAGGGAAUUAAAAACCCUGUCAGCAAGGGCACCACCACCAUGGACGGGGCGGGGUUCGGGAUCGAGCGCCCGGCGGAGCUGACCAAGGAGGACGACGAGUACGAGGCCUUCCGCAAGCGCAUGAUGCUGGCCUACCGCUUCCGGCCCAACCCCCUGAACAACCCACGGCGACCUUACUACUGAGGAGGGCUUUUCCCAAAGGAUUUCCUGGGAAUUCUCAUCCCAAACUUCAUUAUCCAUCUCUUUUCUCCUGCUAUUAUCUGGCUUUUUUUUUUUUUUUUUUUUGGGAAUCACAGCUCCUCCCUCCCCCAUGGAAAAGCUUUCCCAGCUUUUUUUGGGGACAUGGGGAGGGUUUGGAGCAGCCCCAAGAAAUUCCCCAAGAGACCCCAAUUCCAAGGAGUUUGGGAUUUUUGGGAAUGGCAGAUCUUGUGCUGCUCCAGGAAUUUGUGGGGGGGGUUCAUUCCUUGAUUUUUAUCUUGGAAUCCCAAAUCCAAGAGAUUUUUGGGGAAUUUGGGGAACCAGUGCCUCCAGUUUUGCCUCUGGAUGGGCGGAUCUGGCCUGGAUCCGUUGGGAAUUCCAGGAUUUGAUGGAUCCAGGGGGGGAUUUAUUCCCUUCCCAGGGAUUUUGCCAACACCUCCUGUGCUUUGGGAUGAUGGAGACCCAAAAUUCCGAAGCCACGCUUUGGAAAAAUCCAACAAAAUUCCAGCACCACGCUUGGGAAAAAUCCAGUUGGAUUUUGUUGUCCUAAAAAUGGGAAAAAAGAGAAAAAAGAAAAAACUCUGGAAAUGCAAAUUUUCUUCACAGAGUCUGUAAAUAAAAUCAAACUUGUUUGUUC